UACACCCUUUUCCAAGGUUUAUUAUCAAAAUCAGUUGGAACUGGCUUUCACGUGACUCCAAACGGACGUUUGGAUGGGUAGCGUGAAAUGGUGCACCUACCGGUGCAAUUUCUUAUUUUUAAUUAUUUUAGUUUCCGUGAGCCUCUUUGUUCUCAUUUCACUGUAUCACCCCAAAAUCAAACAACUCCAACUACCCAACUCGGUAGUUGGUAAUUAUUAUUUCAAAUAUUACCUGCAAGACACACCGUUGAUUCGUCAAAGCAACAGAUUACUAUUAGGUCAUGAUUAUUCGUACAAUUCAACUUGUAGCAGCGCUGCCGAUAGGAGAGGCCCUCACCAAAAAGUCAUUUCGUAUUCUCUUUACGGAGAUUUCUCUAAGGCAGAUGCUUUUGACAAAUAUUUAUCGCCUUUGAAAAGAACGAUCAAUUUAAUUCCCUCGAUCUAUCCAGGUUGGAUUGUGAGGAUUUAUCACAACUUAACAAGUGACGACGACCUCAAGUUAUUCAGUGAAGAUCACGUCGAUUUGUGCAACGCAACGGAAAUUAUUCGGAUGAGAAAUUUAGGCGAUUUAUUUGCCAUGACUUGGCGUUGGUUACCUCUACUUGAUGAAAUGGUGGACACGCUUAUGUCAAGGGAUUCCGACAGUGCGAUAACAUCUCGUGAAGAAGAAGCCGUAGGUGAGUGGCUGGCUAGCAACAAAUCCUUCCACAUCAUGAGAGACCAUCCAGCCCACUGUUUCUUUGGGUUUAUUAUGGGGUGCUGCUGGGGAGUGAAAGUCAGCCAGGAUCGUACCAGGAUCGUCCUUGCGGCUGAGAAAAUGUUUAGAGCUAACCAUUCGCACAAGUAUGAUUACGAUCAGAUUCUAUUGGAUGAGCUCAUUUGGCCCAUAGCAGAGAACAAUUCGAUUGCUCACGAUAGCUACUGCUGCGAGGUAUACCGGAACACCCAACCGUUUCCGAAACAGAGAAGAGAUCGCACUUUUGUGGGUUCCAGAUCCUUGGGUCCUAAAUUCAUUACAGAACAACUCAGCGAUUUGGACGAAUGUCCCCAACGAUGUCGCCCACCUACUUACGUAAUAACAUCCGGGAUGAAUUUUUGCUAA